CGCAACAUGUUUGCAGUAGCCACAUUUCAAGUGCUCACUAGCCACAUGUGACCAGUGGCCCCCAUAUUAGCCAGUGCAGUUUAAAAUGAAAAAGGUAGCCUGUGAGGCUGGGCAAAACACUCCUGUGAGUAUGAUAGGAUACAGAGAUUGUGGCACUAUUUUUAUGAUUCAUGUGUAUUUUCUGUUCCUUAUGGAUUCUCUCCUAAUAUUUAGAGGUCUUUGAAAUUCCAUUCUUUCUUAGCAGUGCUGAGAAGAAUGAAGCAAGUAUUCUUCCUCCAUGCUGGGAAGGGAUUUUCAAGGGAGAGCAGCUCAUCUCCCACUCCGUCCUACCCCACCCUUAGAGGGAAAACCCAAGGGGAAGGGGAAGUUCUCAGCACAAAGCCCCACCCUGCUUGGAUAGUCCCUUCCUAAAAGCUAACUAACUGAAAUCUCUGGAUUUUGGUUUAGAAGGAAAUCACACUUUUUUCAUAGUUUCUUUUCACAAUUUUAGUAUCUUAGCUGCCAGAAAUAGAAUUUAUUACUUUACAAUAAUUAUUAUAGCCAAAGCCACCAUAUAUUCUGGAUUUCCCAGGAUGGUGUCAGUUUUGAAUACUGUUUCUUUCAGGCAGGCAUGAUGAAUUUUGGUUCAGAAAAUAGGAUCACUGUAUCACGUUCUUGAGGGUGAACUAUUGGAGAGUCACUAUGGUGAUCAACCAAUGGGUGCUCCCUAGUUCCUGGAACUGAGAACUUCAGUCUGGAUACUUCUCUAUAAAUGGUUUCAGUAGUCUCUGCCGCUUUUCUCGGGGAUCUGAAAGAGUUCUCCAAGAAGCCCCCACUUCUCAGGCGGCAACAGGGCAGGUGCCUGGGCGGUAGUCCUUAUGCUACUGUUCAUAAAUCAGUCUGAGUUUUAUGGGUGUUUUUUUCUGAGGAGGAAGAGAUUUAAAGUUAUGUAGAGGCAACAAAGCUUUCUAAUAAUAUUUUUGGCAGGCCACUAAAGGAGGAUGAAAUACGAAAGAUACAGGCCCUGGGAGAGUGGUGGUAGCCCUUGGGACGCCGGCCAGAUGUUGGUGCUCACAAAUCGGGGGAGACAAUGGCCUUUACUGUUACCAUUUACAACCCCAGGCAUGCUCAUUAAUCAUCAACUAAAAUGAUUUCACUUUCAGGGUCUAGGCAGGUCGGGGCUGGGGUUGGGGAGGGCUGUGGCAGGAGGCCAGGCUUCCAGGCCGGAAAAGUGUCCCAGAGACCCACUAGACGGGGCCCCCUCCCCUCCCCUCUAUCAGGGCGAAGGGCACCAGGAGGCACCAGGAAGCGGAGCGGGGGUCGAGGUGCGGGUGGGUGCGUCACCCUUGUUUUCCGGGCUGUCAGUCUCCCAGCGUCCCCAGCUUUCCAGGUAGGGACGCCCCCUCCCACGCAGCGCGGUUCCGGCGGGUGGGAAGGAGGGGCUGGGCUCCCAGCGCCCGCCCCUCUAUCCAUCACAUGGCCGGAGAGUCACAAAAACAACAGCUUUGGCCAAGACCGUGACUUCAGGAAAGGGAACCCGGGGCUCUCGCAGCCAGCCCUCCUGCCCAUGGAGGACAGUUUCCUUGAAUCUUUUGGGAGGCUGAGCCUCCAGCAGCAGCGGCAGCGGCAGCCGCCACCCCGGCCGCCCCCGCGGGGGACACCUCCGCGCCGCCACAGCUUUAGGAAACACCUCUACCUCCUGCGAGGCCUCCCGGGCUCCGGGAAAACAACACUGGCCAGACAAUUGCAGCAUGACUUUCCCAGGGCCCUGAUUUUCAGCACAGAUGAUUUUUUCUUCAGGGAAGAUGGUGCCUAUGAGUUCAAUCCUGACUUCCUGGAGGAAGCUCAUGAAUGGAACCAAAAAAGAGCAAGAAAAGCAAUGAGGAAUGGCAUAUCCCCCAUUAUUAUUGAUAAUACCAACCUCCACGCCUGGGAAAUGAAGCCUUAUGCAGUCAUGGCACUUGAAAAUAACUAUGAAGUUAUAUUCCGAGAACCUGACACUCGCUGGAAAUUCAACGUUCAAGAGUUAGCAAGGUACUUCUUUGUUUUUCUAGUUUCUCAUUAUGUAUCCUGCUAUUUUCAGGUAUUUCAGACCGAACAAAAGAAUCUUUUCAGGCUGGAAAUGGACAUGGUAGUUUUCAGGCCAGAAAUGAAGAAACAUUCAUGGUGUCUCAAGAGAAAAAAUACACCGAAUGAAAGAACGGUAUGAACAUGAUGUUACCUUUCACAGUGUCCUUCAUGCAGAAAAACCAAGCAGAAUGAACAGGAACCAGGACAGGAAUAAUGCAUUGCCUUCCAACAAUGCCAGAUACUGGAAUUCCUACACAGAGUUUCCAUACCGGAGGGCUCAUGGAGGAUUCACAAAUGUGAGCUCCUAUAACAGAAGGGGCGGUUGUCACCAUGGAGAUUAGAGGCCUAUCUUAUACCCAUUCAGAAUUUUCCCAAGUCAGUUUCUACUUCGGUUUUUAUUAUUUAUUCUUUGUGGCAUUUUAGUCAGAGUUCCAAUUCCAGUGUAAAUAGCUGAACUUAAAAGUUUCUGAGCAAAGUCAUUAUAUUAUCUUCACCAAAAUUUGUUAAAGUGCUUCUAUAUGCAUGGUCUGAUGCUGGGAAUUCUGCAGGUUUGAUUAAACAGUCUCUUUCUCUAGGGAGAUAAUUUGAAACCAAAACUUGAGAACACACCCAAGAACAUAAUUAUUUACAUAGUUUCAUAGAUGAAAUAAAGUGUUUAUAUUACAUAUAAGCUUCAGUACCAUUUUCUCUGAAGUGAUCUAUUUAUUUUUUCAAGAAAUUCAUCUCCAUCAAGAAAGUUGGGAAGGUGGAGAGAAGUGGUUGUGGGGGCGGGGGUGGGGGGCAGGAGAAGUUUGGGUGCCAUUGCUACUUUGAUCAUCUAUGUAUCUAAAAAUGUAAGAUGUGCGACUCUUAUGAUGAUACUGAUUUUCCUUUAAUAUUAGUAUGCCAGAAAGUAUACAUCUAAGGGAACACUGUCCUUCAAAGUAGGCACUUUGGGAGGUUAUUCCUGUAAUUAUGUAUCAUUGUUAAAAAUGCUGUCAAAUCCUUAAGAGCUAUAGGAGCUAGAGGGAAAUCAGUGUCCUUACUUAAAAGUCACACCCUCUGUUCUUACUACCACUUUAUUUAGCAGGAUUACACCUCAAUAACUUUUGGCUGCUGUGCUAAUAGUGUAAAUAAAAUAAGGCUGCCUUCAUAAAACACUUUUUAAAUGAAUAAACAACUUCUAAAAUUAUGCCUAUUAACAUGUGUAAUUAGUUGGCAGCUCAAAUGUUUGGGAGUGCAAGAAAUUAAGCACCCCAGGAUAUAGGUCAUACAGGUAUAUAAAAGCCAUGCUCAUUGCAAAAUGAGCAGUUGAUGUUUUAUGUGGCAUUAUUUAAGACAAUAAAGUCCUCAUAACUCUGGAAUGUCUUCUUAUACUGACAUGGAAUUUAUGAAUCUAAAUUAAUUUCCAACAGGUUGGGGAAACAGAUGUGAGACCAUGAUAGAUAAGACCGCAGAGGAUGUAUGCUCUAUAUCUUGUUAGCCAACAGCUUCUUUUUAAUGUUCUGUGAAAACUUUUAAGUGUCCUAUAUAUUGGUGCUUUUAUGGUUAUUAAAAAUGGUAAAUGGUAUCACAUUUAUAUGGAUUUGUCAUUGGAUUUUUUGGUUCAACAAUAAAAAAAUUUAAUUACCUAAAUGCCAAGAAACUCACCAAUAUACCAGUUUUUCUGUAUGACAGGCUUGUCAGUCUUUUUUUUU